UCACCAUCCACCGCCCCAGUACCAGCCCAGCCACGCGCCACCAUGUGCCACACCAGCUGCUCCCCAGGCUGCCAGCCAACCUGCUGCAUACCCAGCCCCUGCCAGGCAUCCUGCUAUGUGCCCGUGAGCUGCCAGUCCUCCGUGUGCGUGCCCGUGAGCUGCACGCGCAUUGUGUGUGUGGCUCCCUCCUGCCAGCCCUCCGUGUGCAUGCCCGUGAGCUGCAGGCCCAUCAUAUAUGUGACUCCCUCCUGCCAAUCUUCGGGGUGCUGCCAGUCCCCCUGCACCACCAUCCUCUACAGACCCAUCUCCUGCAGCACCCCUUCCUGCUGCUGACCAGCUGCUCCUGGUACACAGGGGUACACACCUGUAUCCCUCCGUGAAUAAGCAUCUGGUGGACC